AUUGUUGAAUCGAAUGACUUAGUAGGCGUGUUUCUGAACAGCGAAAAAUGUCUUCACUGGAUACGACUGAAGUUCGCGGGGAAAUGCGAAGAGUUUCGUUUUCGGAUCAUACAAUAGAUAUUAGAGACAGCUUGAACAAGAAGGAAUCCAACUCUACAACGCAAUCUGAUGAACAGGCUAGUGCUAUGGAAGACAUUGAAAUUGACGAAAGCCCAAGAAGGAGUGUACGAGAUAGAACGCCCACACCUCCCAUACUUCAUGAAUCGAAACUUUCAAAAGAGAAACCCCCUCCUUUCACAGUUCAGAAUGGAGAUAUCAUAUCAUCUAUAAAACUAGGAAGUGCCAAGAAUCAACAAGCUCAACAGAAUGGCUUCAUUCAAGAACAAUUACCUUCCAGUAUCAAUUAUGAUUCAUCAAUGGAAAUAGCUAACAUAGUAAUGGGAACGGAUGAACCAGUUGUAGAUGUGGCAGAUGUCGUAGAUGUCGAAACUAGCACAGAAAGCGAAGAGCAUAAGCCCACAACAACUUUGGAAAUUGGUAAAAAACCAACAGAAAACGCUAAUCAACAACGACCCAUUUUAAAAGAAAUUAACUUUAAUCCUGACAUAGUUGUAAAUAAUUCGACAGUGAUAACGAGUGGGUUAGAUUUUGAUAAAAAGAAGAAACGAGUAAUAAAAAAAUCUUCGAAUCCCUUACCAAAGACUACAAAAAUUGAAGAUGAAGGUUUCUCCAGUAAUCAUUCGACGCCUAUUGGAACGUUGGAAAGAGAAAAGAAAGUUACUAGCUAUAACCAGGUUAAUGCUGUUCAGAGAGAAAUCGCAAAUGAUAAAAAAAUAUUGAAAGAACUGAAAUUAAUCGAUGACAAAAAAAAGCCUUGGUAUAAGUCCAGUUUAAUUUACAUUGUCAUUGGAAGUAUUCUUCUUCUUUUGGCUAUAAUUGGUGUAAUAAUUCUGGCUGUUGCGUAUGUUCAAAGCAAAACUAUUGAUUGGAACGAAGACAAGGGGGAAAUUAUUUCCAAGUAUAAAUUGGACAAUGUUAAAAACCAAUUUCUAAACAAUGUACUAGUUUCACCAAACUCGUUUCCUAAUUCAAAUUACUACCUAUUUGAAGCAGGGAGUAAAAUGUUUUGGUUUAAAAUAAACGAUGCUGAGGGAUUGACUUUGACCUGGAAUAGAGGAAGGGAGGUGAAAAUUCAUUCAAUUUCCCCUUCAAACUAUUCCACACAAAUUCUCGGUGACUUCCUACGAGAAGAUGGUAGCAAAGAAGCGAUUUAUAGCAUUCAUCUAUCAUCCAAUAGAUGGCAUGCCGCUGAAUAUUGGUCGACAGAUGGAUUUUCUUUCGUCGCAGUCCGGCGUCACUCUGGAAGUAGUCAAGCCUUUUCAGUUCCAUCUUCCUCCGACACCGAUAAAUUUCCGAAGGCUUUUGAAGACAUAACAAAAAAAUUUACUAAAAGUUAAGGACUGGUGUCUAACGUUCUUCACAUAUAUAUACAGUAUGAAAUGACAUAUUAAAUGGUGAUCUUUAACGUUUUUUACUAAACAUUUCUUCGUAGCUUUCUUGGUUUCUGGCUUAUUUUUGGAUCUUUUUUUUUCUACUCUUUUUUUAUAUUUAUUACUUUUAAUUAUAAAUUUUUUAUUAAUCUUGUUUUCUUUUUUUUCGCCUUUUUUUAUUUUUUAAAUUAAAACUAUUGUAAAACUUUUUAUUAACAAUUUUUUUCGUCUGCUUCCUAUAAUUCUCAAUAUACAAAACCUUUUUGACCCUACACGCUUAUCAAUUAUAUUACUUCCACAACUACGCUAAAGAUUUACCCCUCUUUCACCCUACCGGAAGCAAAUGCAAUGACGUCCUUGACAAAAGAUCACGUGACUCUUUCGAUUGAGCCAUCGAACGAGGUCAAUAGACGCAAGUAGAAUGAGCCAACUUUAUCUUAUUUGUUUACUUUGGACACAUCGUAUAGAACGUCACCCAGUUAACGACAAAUUUUCUAGGCUUAGCAAAGCACACACUUAUUCCGUAAAAGUUCAGGACUUAGCGUCUUAUUUACUGAGUGACGUUCGUCUUUAAUUUCUAGGUCAAGGAAGUUGCUAAGCGUAACUCAAACGACCGUAACGCCUCAGGCUUGAUAUACUUAUCGCGAUCAUUUUUUCUACCUCUUUAUUAUUUCGUCUGUCGCAACUGUUACCAAGUUAGUUAUAAAGCAGACGCUUUUUAUCGACCUUGACGCUUUUUUAACAUUUUCAUCACUUGUUUACGUUGUUGAGAAAAGCAUUCUGCAUUUCACGGAAAGCGGUUAGAAGUUAAGGCGUAUGGGAAAGAGCAGAGCGGAGUGGAAGUAAAACUGCUUAGAACCCAAUAUCGGCGUCACUCUUGAAAAAGGGUGUGACGUCAAACGUCGGCAAAAAAGCAAGUUCAAUUGAGUGCGUCGUUCCAAAUUGAGAAUACGUAUACGUCGUUCGGUACUCGUGUUCUAAUUAUUAUGGCAGAAUACAUCGAAAACCUUUAGUGUUAACCGUUCGAUGAAAUAUAUACGGUUUUUAUGUACAAUGUACAGCUUACAUACUGUAUACAAAAUAUAUUGUAUACAUUGUAAAUAAACUAUCAUACAGUAAGAGUCUAUUCUUAGUGGUAAAAAACGCCGAUAAUAAAGUGGCGUUCCUUUUUCUUGGGCGCAUUUAAUCUUAUACUAUUCAAGGCGAAAAGCUACACAAGAGUACUCGGUGGCAUUUGCUUAUUCGACCAAUUGUCGCACUCGUUCGUAGUCGAUCGAAUGAACCGCAAAAUUGGCGUUUGUUGUAAUAUAAGCUUAUAUACAAUUCCGGAUCGACUCUGAUAAGUUGGGGUCUAAAGCAAUUAGGUCGAAUUUCUCCCUCUUUUUCUACUCAAGUAUUUGCGAGAUGGUCACUAAAUAAUGCAUAGGGUCGUUUCUUACACACAUGAUUUCUAAAAUUAUUAUUACUAUUAUUAUCGUUAUCAUUAUUAUUAUUUAAUCAUUGUUUUCCUGAGGUUGUUAGUAGUAUUGCUAUUAUUAUUAUUAUCAUUAUUUGUAUUUUCGGAUUUUUUCUUAUAAUAAUAAUUAUUAUUAU